AUGAGUGAGCUCGCCGCGGCCCCCGCGCCUGCAGCCGACGACGACCCCCUGAAAGGCGAGCCCACGCCCGAGAGCCAGCAGGACGUGAUACGGAUAUUCAACGGCUUUAAGCGCGACGCCCAGAUGAUCAUCUCCAAAGUCAGUGAAUUGGAGUACGAGAUCGGCGAACACGAGUUAGUGGUAGCGAACGCGCGGGAGCUGCCCGACGACCGGAACGCCUACCGGUUGGUAGGUGGUGUAUUAGUGAAGACGACCGUGGGAGACGCGCUGCCGAAGGUGCAGCAGAACAUGGCGAACAUUCGCGCGACGAUCGACAAACUGAAAGUAGCAUUGGCGUCGGUCAACGCCAAGUCGGCGGCCUGGAAGGAGAAGUACGGCAUCAAGACGCAGCAGGAGAUGGAGCUCGAGAAGAGGAAUGCGCAGGCCUCGGGGGGAGCGGUGAAGGCCGCGACGGGGGUGCUCGCGUAAAAUUUUAGAGAAAUACUACCCCGCGGCGAUGGCGUUACCCCGCGCGCCGUCGCCGCGACGUUUAGUAGACAUAC